AUGGAUCUUCCGAAACCAAAACCAUCUAAACGAUUAGACUUACAAGGUAUACGUGCUCUUGCUAUUAUUGUGGUACUCGGAUUUCAUUUUUACCCGGAAUACUGUCCAAAUGGUUAUCUCGGUGUUGAUCAAUUCUUUGUUCUAUCCGGAUUCUUGAUGUGUAUGCUACUAAAAAGAGCUGAAAAUGAGUCGACCUGCUCCCUGGUUACUUUAUUCUACUCAAAACGAUUCAAGAGAAUUCUACCGUUGUAUCUAAUUAUUAUCUUCAUUGCCAUGAUUUGUCUCUAUAACUAUUUCCCAGAUACUGCUAUUGAGCUGAAUCAAGAAUCUGCUGUUCACGCGCUCCUUUUUGUUUCCAAUCGCCCAACUACUGACCAAGAAGACUAUUUUCAGAUGAAGCAAGAAGAGGUCAGAGAACUAUUAAUGGUUAAUGAAAAUCAGGAAGUAGAUGACAGUCCAUCAGAGAGUCGUUCAGCAAGAUUCACUCAAUCCGCUGCUUAUUUCUUUCUGAUAGUCCUAACUUUUGUGAACACCUACCCUGUAGCUCUGCCAGCGUUGAUUGUAAGACCACUUGUGACCAUAGGUACUGGAUGUCUUAUGCUGAUCUCUGAUGAGAACUUGAUUCUCUCUAAUAGAGUUUUGACAUAUAUUGGAGAUAUUUCUUAUUCUUUGUAUUUGAUUCAUUGGCCAAUCUAUGCUUACUGGAAGCUGUCUUGUAAUGGAGAUCAGAUCUAUUUGUUUAUCGCUUUGAUCUCAUCCGUUUUCCUAGCCAUAAUUACUUACGAAACAUUUGAGAAAUGGUACCUGAAGUUAUCUUCUACAAGCAUCGGAUUAAUGGUUGUCAUUUUAUUCUUCCUAAAUAUCACUGCUAUCAAAAAACAAGACAUUAUGGAUCGUAUUUAUCUGAUGAGAAAUAAUGUGACGAGCUUGGAUGAAGUCACAUAUAAUAUGACGAUAGAAGAUGUCAUCCGUCUGAAUACCAGAUGGAGCGUGAACGAUAUGAAAAAUCUGUAUGCUCCUUCAUGUGUUUACGAGAAAGAAGAAAGUCCAUUUGGAUGGUGUAGGCAUAAAGGCCUCUUAAAAUCGGGUAAAUACAAGUUGGCAAUAAUUGGGAACAGUUGGACGGCUAACCAUGCAAAACUUUUCUAUCAGGAAUGUGGCUAUAAAGCUAAAAGUAUAAUGCAAGGGUCGGCAUCGGGAUGUGAGCCAUUUUUUCCAUCUAUGGACAAAGAAAGAUGUAGACGAAAUUUCACAGACUAUGCAGAACAUAUUGAGAAAGAAAAACCGGAUUUCGCAUUUGUGAUAUCAAGGUGA